CAGUUUUAUCCUGCACGGUGUGUGUGGCGUCGUUUUUUGUAUUUUAUUGUUUAAAGAAUAAGCGCAAAUGAUCAUGAAUAUGAAAGUUAAUGUGAAUUUUGCGUGCCAGCGUUGUUUACAACCGCUCAGGCUAGAUCCUAGCUUCGAUCACUUAGGAGAGCACACUAUAGCUGAGUUAUCAUUACCAAUCCAGAGUCAAAGUGAUGGAGAAGUAGAAACACAAAGUGAUAGCUUAGAGCACUUGGUACCUCCAUUUCGUCUUACAGAUUCAGUAAAUGGAACAAAUGAUUUUACAUUGGUUGGUGAUUCUGGUGAAACAGAAAGUCUAAGUCAUCAUUUAAAGGUAAGAGCCACACUAUUUGAGUUAUUGAGCAGAACCAGUGGAGCAGAUCAUCCAUUAUGUGAUGAAUGUACAGACAGUCUUUUAAUGCUAGUAGAUCAGCAACUUAGUCUCUCAGAAACUGAAUGGAAUGAUUAUAGUGAAUACCUUAAACAUUUAGAAGAUGAAGAGAUGCAGCAAGGUAACCAGGUUGAUGAAAUUGGAACUUUGGAAAAAGAGUUACAAGAUGUCAGAGCAGAAGAGGCAAGAAUGAUAUUAGAAUUAGAAGCUUUAAGAAAAGAAGAAACUGCUACAAAAGUAGCUAUUGCUGAGGAAGAAAAAGAAAAAGAAAGAUUGCAAUGUGAAGAGGAAAGGUAUUGGAGGGAGUAUUCACGACAUAGAAGGGACCUAAUGUUAGCAGAAGAUGAAUGUAGAAGUUUAGAAUGUCAGCUAGCCUAUGCAGCAUCACAACUUGAAAGACUGAAAAAAACAAAUGUCUUUAAUGCUACUUUCCACAUUUGGCAUUCUGGUCACUUUGGUACUAUAAAUUCUUUUAGAUUAGGCAGGCUACCAAGUGCUCCUGUUGACUGGAGUGAAAUUAAUGCAGCAUGGGGGCAAACUGCUUUAUUGUUGACUGCAUUAGCAAGAAAAAUGGAUUUGACAUUUCAACGAUAUAAAUUAGUGCCAUUUGGUAAUCAUAGUUAUAUUGAAGUACUCAACCAAAACAAAGAACUGCCAUUAUAUGGCAGUGGUGGCUUUAAGUUUUUGUGGGAUACAAAAUUUGAUGCAGCAAUGGUUGCUUUCCUUGAUUGUUUGCAGCAGUUCAAAGAAGAAGUUGAAAAAGGUGAUAGUGGAUUUUGCCUUCCAUACAGAGUGGAUAGAGGCAAAAUUGAAGACACAGGCACAGGAAAUUCAUAUUCAAUAAAGAUUCAGUUCAAUUCUGAAGAGCAAUGGACAAAGGCCUUAAAAUUUUUGCUCACUAACUUGAAGUGGGGCCUUGCAUGGGUCAGCUCUCAAUUUACUAAUAAAGAUGAGGCUGAACAUUGAAUCAAAUUGAUCUCAA